AUGGUGUCCAUUCUGAGAAAUACCAUUUUGAACUUCACGAAUAGAAUUACUUUCAAUCAUCUAUCUUCAUCAUUUCAUCUCUUGGCUAGUCCAAAUUUCACAAACCUUCCCCAAAAUACACUGUUGGCUCCUGUGGUACCAACGAUAAUUCCAAGCUGUGGAUUCAAAGUUAUGGGUAGAGUUCGAAGAAGAUGUAAGGAUUGCUAUUUUGUCAGAAGAGAAGAAAGGAUGUUUGUUCUUUGCAAGACACAUAGAAGACAUAAGCAGAUGUCUAUGGUGAAAGAUCCAAAAAAUACAUGGAUAUUAACACAUGCAACACAGUCCAAAGUGAGACCAUGGUGA